AGAAGACAAGUAGAUUAUUUAAGUGUUCAACAGUUCCAGAAAAAAAUGGGGAAGAGCAUGAAGAAGAAAUGUAAAAGAAUAUGGAUCAGACAUGAUUAUUCUCUCAAUCAGAACGAUCUACAAAGAUCUCCAUCUGAAGAGUCAGUGAAAGUUUUAACAAUGCAUCAAUACAUUAAACCAGAAAAGCCUGGUUUUGCAAAGAUUACAGAAGAGGAUGAAAUAACAGAAGAUCCAGAAAUUGACGAUUCCUGCAGAAAAGAUAACAGACAGGAAAGUAAUGAUGAUCUUGAUAGUAGAAAUAAUCAAGAGACACAACCUGUUGCAUGUCUUGAAUGUGUAAAGCCGAUACAGGUUUUCAGAGGACAAGAAAUACAAAUAGGGGAUCACAUCAAAUUUCAUGGGAAAAUAUAUGAUCACCACGCAAUUGUAUUAAAAGUAAAACCUUCAAAAGAAAAUGAUCAUAAAGUAGUUGUAGAACUGGUGCAUGCAUCAAACACCACAGCUGGUGCAAUUUAUUGCUGCUUACAGCCAUUUAGUAGCAUUGCAAAACUGUUAAGUGAAACAAAACAAAUAAAUUUAAAAAAGAUGAAAGUAAUGGUUUAUAAAUAUUCGAACACAGUCAAACAUUUUUCACCAGAAAGGAUAGUCAAAAGGGCAGUCGAAAAGAAAUCAGAACCUGGUUUUAAAUACGACGCGCUAAAUAAUAAUUGCGAGCAUUUUGCAACAUGGUGCGUUACAGGAGAGAGUCUUAGCUUACAAGUUCGAAAGAUAAGAAUGGUAAGGUUUCUUUUUGCAAAUCAAGGAUUUCAAGGUAUCAGAGACGAAAUUCUCCGAAAUAAAAUCGAAUAUGAAAAUGAGAUGCUCUGUAAACCGUGUUUUGAAAGAAAUGAAAAACUAUUGAGUAUUGCGAAACAACCGAUCAAAUCUAAAGGUGACGUUAAGAUUGGUGAUAUUAUAACAUACACUUAUUACGGAUGUUUGCAUUCUGCUGUAGUGCUAGACAUUGAUUCACACGACAUGUCACUACAGUGCAAAAUAGCCCAUUAUGCAUUCCGUGUUUUACACAGACACAGAAAAAUACGAGAGGAAUCGCUAAGAAUUCCGCUUGAUGGAAGUGUGAAAGUUACGGAUUACUCCAAUAACGGUUAUAGUGUAUACGAUCCAAAGGAAGUGGUUGAUAGAGCAAGAAGUAGGCUUGGAGAAACACGAUAUGUAUAUUUUUCAAAUGAUUCAAGUCAUUAUGCUCGUUGGUGUAAACUUAAAUUGUAUAGAAAAAGAAUGAUUAUUACUGCAAAAUCAAAAUUGUUAAAUGUAACAUUAGAAAACAACCCGUCUUAA